UAAAGUAGACUCAGUAGAACAGCUGACUAUUUUUUUUAAAACUCACUUAUGGACGAAAAUGUCAAAAUUGUUUACGUUGCAAUUUUUGACAGCUUCAACCAAAGACUUUUAUGUCAAAUUAUUUGCCAUAUUUGUUUUAGUGGAAAAAAAUUAAAUUGUGUGUUGUUUUAUAAAAAAUAAAAAUAAAAGUGAAAAAACUUGAAUUUUGUGUGGUUUAUGUACUAAAAAAUUAUGAAAAGGUGUAUAAUUUGCAAGAAAAUUUCCAAAAAAGGAAAUGGGAGCUUUUUUAUUGUCCCCACAGAUGAGAGGAGACGACGAAAGUGGAUGGAGGCUUGCAAGAUGCAACUCCCGGCACCUGCUUAUGUGUGUAUGGACCAUUUCUCUCCAUCAAAUUUUAUUAAAAGCGGUCGGUGUUUGAACUUGAUAUAUGAUGCUGUUCCUUCCGUUCAACCAAUAUGGAUCGGAUAAUAAACCAUCAAAAGAAAAUUAUUCACAAUGUACAAUAUUGAUACUACGGCUUGUUUAUUCAUACAAUGCUGGCGAUAUUUUAUAGUUUUCAUUUACUCUAUGAGGACUUUAAAUUGGACGAUAUUAUGCAUGCACAUUUGUUGCCAUUAGCCAAGUUUCUGCAUCAAUUGGCCUACGUAAUGCAAUUACAAUCUUAUACUUUUCGUCAUGCUAUGGAUUUUCCUUUGCUGGUGAAAAAUUGUUCCAAGACUUGUAUUUUAACCGAACAGCAUGGUUCUCAAAUGUCUUACAAGGAACUUUCACAGGUGCAAGCUCCUAGUGUUUUUAACCAACUGAAUGCAUUGCCGUAUAAUUAUGUGGAAGGUGAAGUGAGGCGUAGGGAUUUACGAAAUUAUGCCCUAAAUAAAAGUUCAAAUUAUUCGCAAAAUAUGAACAUAGUCACGGAAGACUCCUUAUCGGCUCGUUGUCCACCCUCUAAAAGUGGCAUAUCACAAAUGGAAGGUGCUUUAGAUGAUGGCAUGGAUAAUAUAGGUACCAAAUUCUUAAGUCUACGUUAUCCGGAUGAUAUGCGCAUAACAGAUAGAUAUUACACAAUCGCCUGGAACUUCUGAUCAUGAAUUUAUUGAGGAGCAAGAAAAACAAUUAUUUACAUUGUGCACUCGUACCAUGACUUUACCUUUGGGUAGAGGAGGUAUGUUUACUUUAAGAACCAACGGAAUCAAUGCCAAUACCAAAACUAUGUCUAACCAGCAAGAAACCUAUUAAAGGAACCACUGUUGAAAUGCAGCAAAUUGAAUUCCAGGCCAAUAUGAGUUUAUGGCCAACAUUUCAUAAUGGUGUAGCAGCUGGCCUGAAAAUAUGAUCAAAUGCACGGGAUGUACCCUCCACCUGGAUUGUUUACAAUAAGCCAAAACGACCAGCCGAGAAUAAGUGAAUAAGUCCAGAAGUAGUUUCCAUAUUUCUUGGAGAAAAAAUACUAUAUUUCUAUUAAAUGUAUGUCAAACUUAAAUAAAUUGCUGACACAUUUUUUA